CUGUCGGCGGGGGCCUUGUGUCCUGAAGUCCUCGGCCAAAAGGCCGCACGGAUCCCCCACAACAGUCGUUACUGUGGCCGGUGUAGUCCCCAUUAGUGGGCUCUUUCCACGGGAUGCUUCCUGUGUGCCUGGCUCUCUGGGAUUCGAGGAAAGAUAAUGUUUGGGCAUUAAAAACUCUCUACUACAAUGUACAGAACUAGAGAGCAGCUGAUCAGAAACUAGGCCAGUUAAGAGAAUGUUCACAACCAGUUGAGGGAACUGAGUCAUUCAUUCAUCAAAAAUGCAUGAACGUCUCCAGAGUGCGAUGUUAGAUACUGUGGGUGAUAACGUGCGUCAGACAUCUCCCUCUUCUGGCAUGUCACACAUUGGUCUAUAAUUGUGACAUUUUUCUUUCCCCGAAAUAGCAUCUCCUGGCAACAGAAUUCUCCCUCCCUUCGGGAAGUCGUCUUCGGGAGGAGCCUCCUCUCCCAAGCUUGUGCAAUCAAAGAACCUCUCCACCAUCAACAAGCUUCCUCCCUCACCUACAUACAUUCAUCUAAGGAUGGGUGUGUGACCAAGACAAGUCAAGCAGAGUACUUCUCUGGGGUUAUUAUAUAAAGAAGGACAGAUAAGCAUUGUUUCUUGUGAGGAGCGUUGACUCUUCUUAAUAGAGAAUGAGGCCAAACUGAAGACAGAAGUAAAGGAAGGACGCCCAGCCCUCACUGCUUGGGGAACAGCUGAGAUCAGCUGAUGCCAGGUGAUGUUCUCGGCUCUAACAGUUCCUGGGAUCCAUUCCUCCAGGAUUUUGAACAGCGUAUCCUCCAAAGGUGGUCUUUCCUCUCUCAGAACAUGAUGUGACUCUCCAAACCUAAGCCUCAAAUGGUUUGCAGAUCUUCUGGGGUGACUGUUUCCUGUGUUCUGAGAUGCCAGGUGGUGACAACUUUCUGCCUGAGAACUGUGGACAGCAUGUACAUGGAAAGCUGCUCCUAGCAGGCAGGAGGUGCCUGGUGGCAAGUAUCAGAAAACAUGGCCCAUACUGAUGUGCACGAGAGAGGGAAGCUUGUUGGCUCCUGUAACUGAACAUCUCUGGACAGAUUUCAGAUCAUUUGUAGUUGAAGCACAUUUGCCACCUUUUAAAAGUGAUCUCUGCAGCAUUCCAGAGCCAUUGAAAUAUUCGUCUUGACCUGGAUAGUCAGUUUCUCUGCUAGCACAGAAGAAGAUUUUUAACAUGAACGUGAUUCUAUCAACCACUCUUUGUUUUGGACUCCUAACUUUGUUAUCUGUAAUGAUCUUUUUAGAAUCGGUGCAUGGGCUGCCAUAUUUUAUUCAAGGAAAUGAAUUGCUUCCAGAUAAAGAAGAUACAGAUGGUGAAGAACUAUUGCGGGCUCUACUGAACAAAAAUUUUGGCUUCCAAAGACCUUCCAACAUUGGUAUAGAACUGGCUAACAAGUUGGAGGAACUUAACCAGCUGGAAAAGCUAAAAGAUCAGCUCAUAGAAGCAAAGGAUGCUGAGAUGUCUUAUGCGAUAGAAGGUCUAUCUUCUUCCCAUCCUAAUAAGCGAGAUACAGCUGUCCAACACCAAGCAUCAUGCUAAAAACAGGAAUUAGAAGAGAGAACCAGAUAGAUGUCAAGAGACAGAAGAAUGCUGGCUAGGGUGUUCCCCCCACCCCCCACAUAAAUGAUAAAUGAUAGAUAAGCAUUGA